AAGAGAGAGAGAGGAGAGCGCACACGCGCACACACAGGGGGGGCAAGGGAGAGAGAGGAGAGCACACACAGAGAGGGGCAAGGGAGGAGAGAGAGGGAGUGGGGAAUGAGGGAGCGCUCUUAAAGCGACGCUUCCUCGCCUCUUCCAUUCGCUCGCAGUGGCGCGGCUCGUACGGCAGUGGUGAUUGCAAGUCGGCGAGAAGGGGGCAGGAGGCUGUACGGAGGACGAACGCGGAAUGGCAAAGGGGAUUGCUUUUUGUGUUUUGGAGGAGGUGAAGUGUUGAAGAUGUCUUACGACGAUGCAUAGUUGGGAGUGGUGUUAUUAUUGCAUUUCUUUGAAAUAAUUGUAUUUUUGUAGGUUUGGUUGCUACAAUGGGACACCUCUUUUAGGCAGGUACAUCUCGCAAACCGGCGUAAUAGGUGGACUAAUUAAUUACCCCGUCAGUCGUAUCUGCCUGCUCCUCCUCCACCAUCACCACCACCCCAUCAGCACCACCACCCCAUCCUCGUCCUUUAUCCCCACCCCACUCCAACACCUUCACGCUCUCUCGCUCUCUCUCUCGUGCGCUCUCUCUCUCUCUCCCCGUGCGUCCUCCUCCCCCCGUCUGCCGGAGAGACUGCACAUUUCAUCGCAACGUGCACACCGCGGCGGACCAUCGAGCCAAGUGAGGGCUUCCUCGUAGGUGGCGGCCGCUACGUUGUGUGACCCCCCCCCCCCCACCACGAAGAUUUGAGAUAAAGAGACAACAGGAGAGAGAGAGAGAGGUGGAGGGGUAAAAGCCAACGUAAUCUACACGCCGAGUCGAUGCCCCAUAUCUCUGGGGACCCGGGAGCGACACCGGUCGAGUCUUGGCUACAAGCGGCGGAGGAGGAGGAGGAGGUGGACGCCGAAGAAGAGGAAGCACCACGCGUGGGCUCUUUGACCAGACGACGGAGUUUUCGUCCGGAGAGGGGAAGCCGCGAAACGUCAGACUUCAUGUGCGGGAGUUAAUUAUUUGCCAGCGGCGCGUUUUUUGCUGGGUUGGUGUUGGUGGUGGUGCAGGAGGAGGAGCGCACAGAUUCGAGGCCGUGCUGCCCGCAAGCGUUUUCUCGAGGACACAUCUAACCCGCCGAGGAGUCAGAAGAGGUCUCUCGCUAGCGGCGUCUCGCUCGCCCAGUCACUCCGCUACCCUCGCUCGCUCGCUCGCCACUCUCUCGCCCGGCCCAUUCGCCGCUUCUCUCUCGACGGCUUCUCGUUCCGUUUGAAUCCUUCACAAUAACGCCGGCGACUGCCUCCACAAUCCGCCACGAGACAGAGGAGAGGGAGAAUGCGCCCUGAGUGAAAUACGCGGACAAGCGAGAAGCGGACAGAGGACCGCGAUCGGAGCGCAAUAAGGACGAUGGUGCGAGAAUGAAGGCGCGCGGUCGCCGUCGGGAAGGAUGCGCCGGCGUCCGUUUGACCUCCUCUGCUGGCUGCUGCUGGGGCCCUGGAUCGCUGAGCCCUGGCUGGCCUUGCCCUCGCAGGCCAUCGGACCUGGACCAGCCUCCAGAAUUUUGCAUUCCCUUUCUCAGCAGCAGCAGCAGCAGCCAAAGCAGCUGCAGCAGGUGUCGCAACAGCAGCAACAGCAGCAGCAGCAGCUGCAGCAGCAGCAGUUGAGAGGUGGCGGCACGGAGCCUCUGUCAUGGCUCCUGGCCGAGAGAGGGCCGUUCCACCACGCUCCGGAAUAUUCCUACUUCAGCGACUGCUACCGCCAGGGUUUCACCACCCGCUACCGCAUACACAGGGAGUUUGCGCGAUGGAGGGUGAACAACGUGGCGAUCGGCCGGCAGGAGGGUCUGGGCGCCCACGUGGGCCUCGCCCCAGAGUUCCUGCAGACGCUGCGCCGGCUCGGCCGCCGGCCGUCGGCGCAGCAGCUCACCGACGGGCUCAUCCGGCGCUACGGCACGCACGUCCUGCUCUCCGCCACGCUCGGAGGGGAGGAGGCGCUGACCGUGUACGUGGACCGGGGGAAGGUGGACAAGCAGGUGGAGAACGCGACACAGACGCAGGAGCUGCUGCACCAGCUCACGGCCGCCUACUUCAUCGACCGUGACACCACAGUCCGCCGCUUGCACGAGAUGCAGAUCUCCACGGGGCACAUCAACGUGAUUGAGACGAGGAAGGGUCCCCUCGGAUGCAGUUCCUACGAAAACCUGGACCUGGUCAGUUCGGUUCUUAUCCAGACGCCGGAGAACAAGUUACAGCUGCUAGGCAUGCAGAGCAUCCUGCCGGCGUAUCUGCGCGAGCGCUUCGUGCGUGCGGCGCUGGGCCACGUGCUGUGCGACGGGCAGGGCUGGUUCGAGUGCCGCGGCGCCGCCUGCUCGUGCCGCUGCCACGCCGCCUUCCCCGAGUGCAACUGCCCCGAGGCCGACGUGCGCGCCCUGCGAGACACCCUGCGACGCCUUCGCCAGAAGUGGUCGGCGGCCUACGAGGCGUUCGAGAACUCUGAGGAGUUCCGGGCGUUUGUGCGCCGCCUGCCUUCGGGCCGCUUCCUCUCGCGCUCCGAGCUCUACCAACUAUGGGCGUCGGAGCGGGACCUGCAGCUGCAGUACGGCCGCGUCCGCGUCUAUGCGGCAGGCGUCCGCGCCAGGGCGGAGCGCACGGCGCGACGGAUUUACUCGCUGAGCCGCACCUGCGACAGCAACCCCACCGUGCAGAUGCCGGCCGAGAGGCCGCUGUCCGUGUGGCUGGAGCGAGUCCAAUCUCUCCUCUACUGCUCGGGCCACGGAGCCAGCGGCGGCACCAGCGGCGGCUCCGGUGGCGGCUCCGGCAGCUCCGGCGGAAGUGGCGGCCGUUUCUCCGAGGAGUCCGGCGUGUGCGUGUGUCCCGCCGGCUCGCCGGGCCCUGCCGUGUGCCAGCGUCCGCUUCCGUGCCGGACGGGGCCCGGCACUCGCUGCACGUCGUGCGACCGCGGCAACGCGACGCGGUGCGGCGGGUGCGGCGCCGGCUACACGCUGGCGCCCGACGGGACGUGUAGGCCUCAGGCGGCGCGGCCGGACGAGACGGAGCUGUUCAUCGACUUCGAGUCGGACCUCGACCUGCAGGACUUGGAGCUCAAGUACCUCCUGCAGAAACGAGACCACCGCCUCGUCGUCCCGGACGCCGCCUUCGUCAGCAACGAGCUGCACCUCGACUCGUGGUUCGACCCGCUCUACCGCCGCCGCAUGCUCAUCAGCCUGCGCAGCAACCGCCACCGCCCCACCUCGCUGCACGUGCUGCUGGGCAUCAGCCUGCACGUCUGCCACGCGAAGACGGGCGCCGGCCGUUCGGGCGGAGGCGGCAACAGCGGCGGCGGGGGCGGCGGCGCAAACGGAACGGGCGGCAGCGCGGCGCGCGGGGAGCCGCUGCUCACCGUCUCGGUGAACCCCUUCGGCGGCAGCCACUCGGAGAGCUGGCAGCUGCCGGCCGGGAGGGACGGCUACCCCGGCUGGGAGAAGGUGCGGCACCCGGAGGCCGGGCCAGUGACGGGCUCGGGCGCCGCCGGUACCUUCCCGCCACCGGGCACCGUCGUGCAGUGCCACAACUGGACGCUGAGCCUGGGCAACCGCUACAAGUCCUUCUUCGAGACGGUGCACAUUUACAUGCGCAGCAGGGGAGGCCUGAAGUCAGGUGCGCUUCUGACCAACAACCGUACGGAGAGCAGCGAAUCGGCCGACACGUCCGACCCUCCGGCCAAGUCCCAGCCGCCACCGCCGCCACCACCGCCGCGCCGCGGUUUCAUGAAGAUCACAUCGGUGCAAGUGUUCGGCUACCGGCUGCCCUUCAACGCGGAGCUACUGCGCUCCACCGUGCUGCGCUCCGCCCAGGUGCAGGCGCAGGGAGGCCCCGGCACCGCCGCCACUGCCGCCCAAACCCAGCAGCAGCAGCAGCACCAGCAGCAGAUGCUGGCGCUGUCAGAGCUGCGGGCUCGCGUGAACUGGCUGGCGCCGGUGACGCGCCACCCGCCCUACGACCUCUUCGGGUGCCUCCUGCGCCACCGCGUGCGUCUCAACGGCACGGAGGUGGCGCGGCUCAAUCAGGCGCUGGACGCGUUCGAUUCGGCGGUGCUGCUCAUGCCCGAGACGGAAAGGACAAAGCUCUGCACGUAGUCGUCCGUCGCGGCGAGUUUUCGUUUCCGUCGACGAGGGAAUUUUAGGAGAGAACGAGAGAGAGAGAGAGAACGAGCGAGCGAGAGAGAGAGAGAGAGAGGAGGAAUGAAAGCGAAGAAGUUAGAAGAUGAGGAUAAAGAAAUGAACAUAUAUGUAUAUCUGUCUAUACAAGUCGAACGAUGCAAAUAUGCGCUCGCGCGCGGAUCAAAACACAUGACGUGAAUGCUUUAUGAAGCGCCGUCGGAAACGUUUUUGAGAACAAGAUAUUGCAUAUACAUCGUGUUCAUGUUCCACGAGCAGAUCACCCAGAAAUGCACCCCUAAUGAUUUUCUUUGAAAUUUGUUUUAACAUUCGCACACACAAAAUCGUGUUCUCCAGAUUAUGAGACGCCCAGGAGAGUAAGACGCACCCAAAACUUGUUGCUGGUAUUUCAUUAGGCUCCUAGAGAUCUGGUCAAGGACAAAAAGACAAAGAUCCCCCGUAUAGCCUGUAACAGACCUUGAGGGCAACUGCUGUUAGCGAGCACCUAUGAAGGCUGGCACAGCGCACGAGGGGGUGGGUGGCCAGCACCACGCCCGGCUGCCUUUGUUAGAUGUGGUCACAUGCACACACACACACACCCAUGCACACACAAACACCCACGCACACACACACACCCAUGCACACAGAUACGCACACACCCACGCACACACACCCACACACGCAUACACACACACGCACCCACACGCACACCCACGCACACACAGCUACACACACACCGACGCGCACACACACACCCACGCACACACACCCACGCACACAUGCACACCCACGCGCACACACCCACACACACACACCCACGCACCCACGCACACACCCACGCACACACACACACCCACGCACACACACACGCACACACACACAAACCCACGCACACACCCACGCACACACACACACAAACCCACGCACACACCCACGCACACACACACACACACCGACCAAAUUAAGAAAUGCAACCCCAACUUUUGCUGUAGCACAGAGGUGGGGGCGAAAAUAAAAUGCGUCUUAAUCUGGAAAACACGUUAAUGGUUAAUAAUCAAGAUGAUCAAGAAUACAAUUUAUGAUAACAAUUAUUAUUUCCUCUGGUCAAAUUAAACAUCAGAUCUCGACAACGAAGCAUGCUUUUGUCUGGACGGUGCUUGAUAAUGCGGCCACCGCAAGCGCACGGGGCUCUGAUAUGAGGGCAGCAGACGGCAUCGCAGCGAAAUCCAUUGUUGUGCUGCACUCCUACGUCACCACGUGUAUGCUCCCCUCGCUCACACCGACAUGCACUGCCCGGCGACAUUGACGUUGAGCUAUGGUCAAAACCCCCCCUCGUGACAUGCACAGGCGUAGGGGGAAAGCCUUCAUUCAGGGUUCGAUUGUCAAAGGGCUGUACAUUAAUAUUGAUAUUGACGCACGGUAGUUACAUCAGUGAUAGGGCCUUAAACGAUGACCCAAACAAAAGUGGAUUCUUCAAUUGAUCUUGUUCUCAGAACUUUUUGGCCGACUCUCGUGAACACGCACGCAAACACACUCGCGCACAAAGACAGAGAUCCCCCGUAUAGCCUUAACAGAUUGUUGGGGCAAGUGCUGUUAGUGAGCACCUAUGAAGGCCGGCACGGCACAGCAAGGGGCGGGUGGCCCCCAACCGCACCCAACCGCCUUUGUCUCCCCAGUGGCGAUGUUUUAUAAAUCGCACCAGAUACUUAUUUGAGGCCAAGUCAACCUAGGGGAGGCCCAGGAUUGGUUCAUAUAAUCGUCUUCAUGGCACAGUGCACCAACCGCUACAGUACCGCCCCAUACCACGCUAGCACGCACAAACGAACAUGCACGCUUAUCAACAGCACCAAAAAGAAACAUCACAUUUGUUUGUAAAUCUAUUAGAUGUUGCCAUACCAUUUGAGACAGCAAAUGCCUUUUAUCGGCAAAUGUUGAGGGUAUGAACGCGAUUGGUCGAGGUGGCUCCUAAGUGCAAUCGCUACUUGUGUCCAUGGUAAUGUAAGUUGUAUUUAUUGAAUGGAGCCAAAACGGAGGCUGAAACGACCGUACAUUUCGUUCCGCGCGAGUUUUUUGAUGACGGGGAAAAAAUAUAUAUAUAUGUAACAUCAACGAUGAUUCGACCAAGCGUUAGAAUAUCGAUGGAAGCGAAAUACGGAUUCAAAAAUGUCUUAAUUUUCAGCGAUCAAAUGCGCGGGUGAAGUUAAGUAAUGCGCUCUUGUAGACAAAAGCGAAACUGUUGUCCAUGCGAGCGGUGGAUAGGGGGAUCUUCUUUUUUUUUACUUUUUUUUCUUUUCAUUGUCGUUGGAGAAAAACAAUGCACGUACGUGUCCCCUGCCUUUACGUUAUUGCCAGAGUGGGACCUGUCAUGGGUUUGUGUUUGUCUCGAGAUUUGCGACCCAGGAGAUGCGCCUUGCAUGAGCACGAUGGAUGAUGGGCAGAGGUAGCAGGGUGAGUGGAGGGAUUUGGGUUUAACUUUGACCCAGUGCAAGACGUGGUGACGACAUUUUAUAAUCAAAGACGAGCCGUGGACUCUUGUGAAUUCACCGACUCUGUGAACAAGGCAAGACCAAGUCGACAAUUGAAGUUUAUUAUGGACUUAACAAAUCUUUCGGAAUUAAUCAUCGUUGUAAAUUUUAAGUGUUUCGUUAUUUCUGGGGGGAGAGGGUGGGGAGGUUGGUUUAUUUUUCAUUUUGUUGAAGACUGGGAUGACGGUUUUGAAGGAUUCGCACAGCUAACAGCGAAGUUGAACCCACGCAACCCACUCUAUGCUUAAUUUAUAACUGUGAAAGUCAAAAUGUAAUGACAAGAGUUUUAAAUGUUGGAUUACACAUUUAUUAAAAGGUAUUUCUAUUGCCGUCGUGUUUGUGAGUGCUCGGGUUCCGUAACUCGCGUUUUUUUAAUUGUAUUUACACGUUUAUUUAUUUAUAUUUGCGAUUUACACCGAGUCCGAUUUUUCAUUCCAUCUCACGAUCACGUUUACGAAAAGGCGGUUCUCUCACCAACGACAAACAUCCACCCCGAACGUUGCCGACAAAACUGUCACAUUCUCAGAAGCGAAGCAGGCAAUACUGAUACUGUUAGGUUUUUUCGGUAAAGUCACGUAGGUAAAAAA